AUGUUGAAAAUAAUUUCUAUGUUUUUAUUAGCUCUCACAAUGGUACUGUGCCAGCAUGACAGAGAUUUCGCGUACUAUCAUGUAUUACAUCUCCCUCAUGACCCACCUCUAUAUCCGGUGUUUGAUAGACCGCCACUUACUCGGUUCUCUUGCGAGGGUAGAACUAGAGGAUACUACGCGGACGUGGAUAGUGGAUGUCAGGCAUACCAUUUUUGCUGGCAUCGGCAUUUAGUUAGCACAGAUCUAUGUAGCAAUGGGACGUUAUUCAAUGAACAGUUCCAGGUAUGCGACCACUUCUACAAUGUACGCUGUGGAUCUCCCUACGAAGACAUG